UGGGGGUUGAGAUAUUGACAUGUUUUGAGACUUAUGAACACACUCACAUGCCCAAAAACUCUUCCACUCACACACUCAACUCUUCUCUCUCUCCUUAUAAAUAACUUCUCUACCUUGAACUUUCCAAAAUUGUCUAACCCUCUUGUGAUUUUACUUUUCAUCUCUUUCUCCCUCUUAAAUGGAGUUCCUCUCUUUAGUUUAUGUAGUUCCAGCAUUGUACAUAUGUUUCCUAAUCUGGAAACUAUACGAUCAAAAGAGGGACCAAGAGUGUUACAUAUUAGAUUACCAAUGUUACAAGCCAACACAAGAUAGAAUGCUAGGGACAGAGUUUUGUGGCAAAGUAAUCACAAGAACACAAAAUUUGGGUCUAAAUGAGUACAAAUUUCUCCUCAAAGCUAUUGUAAGUUGUGGUAUUGGCGAACAAACUUACGCCCCAAGAAACGUCUUUGAAGGCCGCGAAGCAUCCCCAACAUUGAAAGACGGGAUCUCAGAGAUGGAAGAAUUUUUUGACGACAGCAUUGCAAAACUUCUAUCAAGGUCAGGGAUUUGCCCUUCCGAAAUUGAUGUUCUUGUCGUCAACAUCGCAAUGCUCUCCGUUCUUCCUUCUUUAUCGUCGCGAAUCAUUAACCGUUACAAAAUGAGACACGACGUAAAAGUGUACAAUCUCACCGCAAUGGGUUGCAGUGCUAGUCUUAUUUCACUAGAUAUUGUUAAAAACAUUUUCAAAUCACAAAGAAAUAAGUUAGCACUUUUGGUCACAUCAGAGUCUCUUUGUCCAAAUUGGUAUACUGGCAAUGAUAAAUCAAUGAUCCUAGCCAACUGUCUUUUCCGUUCUGGAGGUUGCGCGGUUCUUUUGACAAACAAAAGAUCCUUAAAGAACAGAAGUAUAUUGAAAUUGAAGUGUUUAGUACGAACGCACCACGGCGCCAGAGAUGACUCUUACACUUGCUGCACUCAAAAGGAAGAUGAGCAGGGUAGGCUUGGUAUUCACUUAGGGAAAACUCUUCCAAAAGCAGCAACAAGAGCUUUUGUUGAUAAUUUAAGGGUAAUUUCACCCAAAAUUUUGCCAACAAAGGAAAUACUUAGGUUUCUUUUUGUGACACUUCUUAAGAAACUUAAGAAAACUAGUGGAGGAACAAAAAGUACUAAAUCACCAUUGAAUUUCAAAACUGGAGUUGAUCAUUUUUGCCUCCACACUGGAGGAAAAGCAGUGAUUGAUGGAAUUGGAAUGAGUUUAGAUUUAAGUGAAUAUGAUCUUGAGCCUGCAAGGAUGACACUACAUCGUUUCGGUAACACUUCUGCUAGUAGCUUGUGGUAUGUGUUAGGGUACAUGGAAGCAAAAAAGAGGCUCAAGAAAGGUGAUAGAGUAUUUAUGAUAAGCUUUGGUGCUGGAUUUAAAUGCAAUAGUUGCUUAUGGGAAGUGAUGAAAGAUGUUGGAGAUGCAAAUGUUUGGGAAGAUUGUAUUGAUAAUUAUCCACCUAAGUCUUUGGUCAAUCCUUUCAUGGAGAAGUAUGGUUGGGUCAAUGAAGUUGAGGAUCCAAACAAUUAUGAACUUCCUGAUUUUCUUAAGUGAGGCUGUGAGGGUAAUUAAUUUCAUUCACUUCAUUCAUUAUUGUGGAAUGAAGUAGCAAAAAUAAGAAGAAGAAAAAAAUUGAAGGGGUAUUUUGAUUAUUUUUUAGAUUUCUUGACAGGAAUCAAGGUUGUUUUUGCAUUACUUUCAUUUAUCUGCUAGUAAUAUACGCUUGUAAUUAUCUUCUACUAUACUCUAAUAAGAAAACUAGUUACUCCCAAAAUUUCCUUCA